AUGGCUGCUAAGGCCGUUGCUGCAACUUCUGCAUUCAGCCGUUGUUUUGCCGCGCCUGUUUCUGACGACGACAGAAUUGCACGAAUCCGAAAUUUCGGAAUCUCUGCUCACAUCGAUUCUGGUAAAACCACUCUCACUGAGCGUAUUCUUUAUUACACAAAGAAAAUUCGUGCGAUCCAUGAGGUGAAAGGAAAGGACGGAGUGGGAGCAACUAUGGACUCUAUGGACCUGGAACGUGAGAAGGGAAUCACAAUCCAGUCUGCGGCAACGCACUGUGUCUGGAAAGACUACGAGCUCAACAUCAUCGAUACUCCUGGACAUGUGGACUUCACGGUGGAAGUAGAGCGUGCCCUGCGUGUCCUGGACGGCGCUAUUUUAGUGCUGUGCGGAGUAGGUGGUGUGCAGUCUCAGUCGAUCACUGUGGAUCGUCAAAUGAAGCGCUACAACAUUCCCCGUCUGGCGUUUAUCAACAAGCUGGACCGGCAGGGUGCGAAUCCGACCCGUGUGAUCGGCCAGCUCCGCGACAAGCUUCAUCUGAAUGCCUCUGCCGUGGUGAUUCCGAUCGGCCUGGAAGACAAGCAUCGGGGUGUGGUGGAUUUGGUGCGGGACCGCGCCGUUGUUUUCAACGGACCGAACGGAGACGACAUAGAGAUCAGCGAGAUUCCUGCGGAGUUGAAGGAGCAAGCAGCCCAGGCGAAGAACACGCUGAUCGAGCGUUUGUCGGAGGUGGAUGAGGAAAUGGGCGAGAUGUUCCUGAUGGAGCAGAAGCCCACGCAGGAGCAGUUGGUGGCGUGCAUUCGUCGCUGCACGCUGGCUCGCACGUUUGUCCCCGUGUUCAUGGGAUCGGCGUUCAAGAACAAGGGAGUUCAGCUGCUGCUGGACGGCGUGAACGAUUACCUGCCGGCUCCGAACGAAGUGGAGAACACCGCGCUGGAUCUGGAUCAGAACGAGAAGAAGGUCACGCUGUCGAACAAGGUGAACGACAACAUGGUGGCACUGGCGUUCAAGCUGGAGGAGAACAAAUACGGCCAGUUGACAUACUUGCGAAUGUACCAGGGAAAGCUCGCGCGCGGAGACAUGAUCACGAACAUGCGCACUCGCCGCCCGGUGAAGGUGUCGCGUUUGGUCCGAAUGCACGCGAACUCGAUGGAGGACAUCCAGGAGGUGGGCGCUGGCGAGAUUGCCGCGAUCUUCGGAAUCGACUGCGCGAGUGGCGAUACAUUUACGAACAACAAAGUGCACUACGCGAUGUCUUCGAUGUUCGUGCCGGAUACGGUGAUUUCGCUCGCUGUGAAGCCGCACAACCACGACGGGGAAGUGAACUUCUCGAAGGCGCUGCAGCGCUUCACGAAGGAGGACCCGACGUUCCAAGUGGAUUACGACAAGGAGAGCAAGGAGACGAUCAUCAAGGGAAUGGGCGAGCUGCAUCUCCAGAUCUACAUCGAGCGAAUGAAGCGCGAGUACAACUGCGCUGUGGACGUUGGCUAUCCGCGCGUCAACUACCGCGAGACGAUCAGCAAGAAGUGCGAGUUCAACUACCUGCACAAGAAACAGUCCGGAGGUUCGGGUCAGUUCGGUCGUGUGAUUGGGUACAUCGAGCCGAUGGAUUAUGAGGGUCCUGUGAAGCACGAGUUCGUGAACAACAUGGUGGGCAACAACAUCCCGCCCGAGUUUUUGCCGGCCAUCGAGAAGGGAUUCUAUGAGGCCAUCGAGAAGGGUCGCCUGCUGGGAUAUCCGGUCACCGGAAUUCGUUUUGUGCUUUUAGAUGGUCAGAGCCACUCCGUGGAUUCGAACGAAAUCGCCUUCCGCACCGCUGCGAAGAUGGCCGUGCUGGAGUCGAUGAUGAAAGCCAACCCUCUUCUGCUGGAGCCGCUGAUGUCGGUGGAGAUCGACAUUCCGCAGGAGUUCCAGGGCGCGAUUAUCGGAGGCAUCAAUCGUCGUAAGGGAGCCAUUCUCGCCACGAACAGCGACGACCGCGGCUUUGUGUCGGUGGAGGCGGAGGUUCCGCUGUCGAGCAUGUUCGGAUACAGUACCGAGCUGAGAUCCAACACGCAGGGUCAGGGAGAGUUCACGAUGGAGUUCAAGACGAUGAGUCAGGUCCCUAAGGGAAUUGUGGAGGAGAUGGUGAAGAAGGCGAAGGGCAAUAGCAAGUAG